GAAGAACUACAACAGAACGAGAGAGUAAAAUGGGAAAGUUGGAAGAGAAGAAAACAAAUUCAAAAUCAUUUUGACUGUAGAGCUGUUCCUGUUUCCUCCAAAGUCUCAACCAAUCCAUCAUCCAUUCAUCAAUCCAUCCACCAAAUUGCCAACCAGAGACUGCCCAUUUCGCUCACAGCAAAGCAAAAGCCCGACCAACAGCUCAAUCCCAAUCCCAAACCCAAACCCACCAACUCCAGCCUCUCGAAUCGCCCCCACACGCUCUGUCUUCCAACUUUCAGCCACCCCAUUUCUCCUCCAGCACUUGCUUCCUCAUUUAACAACAACCCACUUCACCGCCGGCAAUGUCUCUCCGACCCACCACCCGAACCGAUGUCCGCAAGAAGUCUUACAAGACCGGCGUCGAUGCCGAUGAGGCUAGGAGGAGAAGAGAGGAUAAUCUGGUCGAGAUCAGGAAGAACAAGCGUGAGGAUAACCUGCUUAAGAAGAGGAGGGAAGGACUUCUCUUGCAUUCCCAGCAAUUGCUUGAUGCUGCUCAGAAUGCUGCCGCCGCCGAGAAGCGCUUGGAGAGUAUUCCUGUAUUGGUACAAGGGGUGUGGUCUGCUGAUACAGCAGGACAGCUUGAAGCUACUACUCAAUUUAGAAAGCUAUUAUCUAUUGAGCGUAGCCCUCCAAUUGAUGAAGUAAUCAAAGCUGGUGUAGUUCCCAAGUUUGUGGAGUUUCUUGGAAGGCAUGAUCUACCCCAGUUGCAAUUUGAAGCUGCAUGGGCCUUGACCAAUAUUGCAUCUGGAACAUCAGAGCAUACACGAGUUGUCAUUGACCAUGGUGCUGUCCCUAUUUUUGUACAGCUUUUGAGCUCAGGCAGUGAUGAUGUCAGGGAGCAGGCUGUGUGGGCCUUAGGUAAUGUUGCUGGUGACUCUCCAAGUUGUAGAGAUCUUGUUCUUAGCCACGGUGCCCUAGUGCCGUUACUUGGCCAACUAAAUGAGCACUCAAAAUUAUCCAUGUUGAGGAAUGCAACAUGGACUUUAUCUAAUUUCUGUCGUGGGAAGCCUCCAACUCCAUUUGAUCAGGUGAAACCUGCUUUACCAGUUCUAAGGCAACUGAUUCACUUGAAUGAUGAAGAAGUUCUAACAGAUGCCUGCUGGGCUCUCUCCUACCUUUCAGAUGGCCCAAAUGAAAAAAUUCAGGCUGUAAUAGAAGCAGGAGUUUGCCCAAGACUUGUGGAGCUUCUGCUACACCAAUCACCAUCAGUUCUGGUGCCAGCUCUUCGAACAGUCGGAAACAUUGUUACUGGUGAUGAUGCUCAGACGCAGUUUGUGAUUGACAACCAAGUUCUACCUAAUCUCUAUCAACUUCUCACUCAAAAUCACAAGAAAAGCAUCAAGAAAGAAGCUUGUUGGACAAUCUCAAAUAUCACGGCUGGAAAUAGAGCUCAGAUACAGGCAGUUAUUGAGGCAAAUAUUAUCCUUCCUCUUGUUCAUCUCCUCCAACAUGCAGAAUUUGACAUCAAGAAGGAGGCCGGGUGGGCUAUUUCCAAUGCUACCUCAGGAGGAUCUCAUCAGCAAAUUCAAUUUCUGGUGACUCAAGGCUGCAUCAAACCGCUCUGUGACCUUUUAACCUGUCCGGAUCCGAGGAUCGUGACAGUGUGCCUAGAGGGGCUUGAUAACAUACUCAAGGUUGGGGAGGCUGACAAGGACAUGGGAAUGAAUGGAGGAAUCAACAUCUAUGCACAAGCCAUUGAUGAGUGUGAAGGACUUGAUAAGAUCGAAAACUUGCAGAGUCACGACAACAAUGAAAUCUACGAGAAGGCGGUGAAGAUGUUGGAGAGAUACUGGGCAGAAGAAGAUGAGGAGCAGGAGCAGAACCUACAGCAGAAUGGAGAUGUGAACCAACAUGGCUUUGCAUUUGGUGCAAACCAGCCAAAUGUUCCUCCUGGUGGGUUCAAGUUUGGGUGAAAAUGGGUAGCUUGUGAAACUGUUAUAUCAAAAGAUUUGUAGGUCCCUUUGGUCUUGUUUCAUUCUUGAUUGGUUGAUGUAGUGAAGGGUUCAACUUUUAUGCCGUUUAGCUUGUUUGGUUCACAAGGGGUCAGGGUUUUUUAUCUGGUCCAUGAUUGUUACUUCUAUGGAGUUUUGCCCUUAUUUUUUUUGGUCAGCCAAGCCUUAUCUAUGUCAAGCCUUUUUCCUUUCUUUUUAGUACUAUAUAUAUAUUGCUUUUUUCAGAAUCCAAAACUUAACUUUGUAUUUACACAAAACAUAUAUACAUAUUGGUCUUUUCUGCCUGUGGUU